GGUUGAGAUGGCGCUCAGUGUUUGAGCAGUAUAAGGCCCGCGGUAUCGUUUCCAUUGAUAGAGCUUGUUUCGGGAUACUCAGAGAAGAGAAUGGACGGAGAGAAACCUUCGCUGGCGGUGGUGUAUCAGGCUGUGCAGGCGCUUUAUCAUGAUCCCAAUCCCGGCGGGAAGGAGCGAGCGUCGGUGUGGCUGGGAGAGCUGCAGCGAUCGAUGUAUGCAUGGGAGAUCUCAGACCAGCUCCUACAGCUGAAGCAGGAUGUGGAGUCUUGUUAUUUUGCAGCACAAACUAUGAAGAUGAAGAUUCAAACAUCUUUCUUUGAGCUUCCCCAGGAGACACACCUUUCUUUACGCGACUCACUGCUCUCUCAUAUUCUAAACCUCAAAGACCUCUCGCCCAUUAUUGUCACACAGCUUGCUCUGGCAAUAGCUGAUCUCGCUCUACAGAUGGCCUCAUGGAAGGGUUGUGUUCACACACUCAUAGAAAAGUACAACAAUGACGUGACCUCUAUGCCUUUCCUGAUUGAGAUUCUCACUGUGCUCCCGGAGGAAGUGCACAGUCGUAAUCUGAGAAUUGGUGCCAACCGGAGGACCGAGAUCAUCGAAGAUCUUGCCUAUUACUCCACUACUGUGGUCACAUUGCUGGUGACAUGUGUUGAGAAGUCUGGAAGUGAUGAGAAGAUGUUGAUCAAGGUGUUCCGGUGUCUGGGUAGUUGGUUUAACCUGGGUGUGCUUGAUAGCAACUUCAUGGCAAAUAAUCAGCUGAUAAUGGUGCUGUUUCAAGUUCUGCAAAGGGAUGAGACCUCCACCAACCUGCACGAAGCUGCAUCCGAUUGUGUGUGCUCAGCCCUCUAUGCCAUUGAGAAUGUAGACACACAUGUGGCUCUUGCCAUGCAGCUUUUCCAGGGUGUGCUGACACUAGAAACAGCCUACCAUAUGGCUGUGGCUCGGGAGGAUCUUGACAAGGUGCUAAAUUACUGCCGAAUUUUUACUGAGUUGUGUGAGACGUUUAUGGAAAUCACAGUAAGAACUCCUGGACAAGGUAUGGGGGACCUGCGCCCCCUGGAGCUGUUGCUUAUUUGUGCUGGACACCCCCAGUAUGAGGUGGUAGAAAUCUCAUUUAAUUUCUGGUAUCGACUGGGGGAACAUCUCUACAAGUCGAAUGAUGUGACACUGAACAACGUCUUCCGACCCUACAUCCAGAGACUGCUGCACUGUUUGGCACGUCACUGCCAGCUGGACCCAGACCAUGAAGGAAUCCCAGAAGACACAGAUGACUUUGGAGAGUUCAGACUGAGGGUGUCCGAUCUUGUCAAGGAUGUUAUAUUUCUUGUGGGGUCUAUGGAGUGUUUCUUUCAGCUUUACUCUACUCUGAAAGACGGGAACCCACCUUGGGAAGUGACAGAGGCUGUGCUCUUCAUCAUGGCUUCAAUUGCCAAAAGUAUAGAUCCUGAGAAUAAUCAAACUUUGACUGAGAUGCUGGAGCAGGUCGUGCUUCUCCCUGAGACUGUGCACAUCGCUGUGCGUUACACAAGUAUUGAAUUGGUGGGAGAGAUGAGUGAACUUAUAGACCGCAAUCCUCGCUUCUUAGAUCCUGUGCUGGACUAUUUAAUGAAGGCACUACGGGAGAAGCCACUGGCCUCUGUGGCAGCUAAGGCCAUCCACAACCUGUGCUCAGUGUGCAGGGAGCACAUGCAACAACACUUCCAGGGCCUGUUGGAAAUUGCUCGUUCACUCGAUUCCUUUGCCCUGAGCUCAGAAGCUGCGAUUGGCUUGCUCAAAGGCACAGCCCUAGUUCUGGCUCGACUUCCUCUGGAAAAGAUAGCAGAGUGUCUAAGUGAUUUGUGUGCUGUGCAGGUCAUGGCCUUAAGAAAGCUGCUGUCUCAGAAUUCAAAUAAUGGGAAAUCAGCAGAUCCCACGGUAUGGCUGGACAGAUUGGCUGUUAUCUUCAGACACACAAAUCCCAUCGUAGAGACCGGACAGACACAUCCCUGUCAGAAAGUCAUCCAAGAGAUCUGGCCUGUGUUGUCAGAGACGCUGAACACGCACCAGGCAGACAAUCGCAUUGUUGAACGCUGCUGCCGUUGCCUGAGGUUUGCUGUGCGCUGUGUGGGAAAAGGCUCAGCAGCCCUGUUGCAGCCACUUGUCACACAGAUGGUGAGUGUGUACCAGGUGUACCCGCACUCAUGCUUUCUCUACCUGGGUAGUAUCCUGGUGGAUGAAUAUGGCAUGGAGGAGGGCUGUAGGCAAGGCCUGCUGGACAUGCUACAGGCUCUCUGUAUGCCCACCUUCCAAUUGCUGGAGCAGCCUAAUGGUUUACGCAACCACCCUGACACAGUCGAUGACCUGUUUAGACUUGCUACCAGGUUUGUCCAGCGCAGUCCUAUCACGUUGUUAGGCAGCACCAUCAUUGUCCACAUUUUGCAGUGCGCCAUCGCUGCAACAGCGCUGGACCACAGAGAUGCCAACUGCAGUGUGAUGAAGUUUGUUAGAGAUCUUAUUCAUACAGGUGUUUCUAAUGACCAUGAAGAGGACUUUGAUUUGCGAAAACGUCUGAUCGGUCAGGCCAUGCAGCAGCAUGGACAGCAGCUAGUAACACAGUUGAUACACACCUGCUGUUUCUGCUUGCCCUCAUACACAUUGCCUGAUGUGGCUGAAGUACUCUGGGAGAUUAUGAUGUUCGACCGGCCGACAUUUUGCCGGUGGCUCGAAGCUGCAUUAAAAGGCCUUCCGAAGGAGAUGUCUGGAGCUGUUACUGUCACUCAUAAACAGCUCACAGACUUCCACAAGCAGGUGACAAGUGCAGAGGAGUGUAAGCAGGUGUGCUGGGCUGUGAGGGAGUUCACCAGGCUUUACCGAUAGCUGGGUUCAACCCACACAUGCUGCAGUGUUAGGUCAGAUCUUUUUGUUUGCAAACAUUGAGACGACUGCAAAGGAGCUCAAGAUUGACUGCUUUUGAGAUAUUAAUGGACGGGUGGGACUGUGCGUGCACCGUGAAGAGCUGUUGGGACGCUGCGUAACUUUGGGGUGACCAUGGCAUCGAGGGUGUGAAAGGAAAAAAAUCAAGGGUGUAAAAGGAAAAACUCCCUUUGCUCCCUUGCUAGGCCAGUGCUCCUACGGCUUAAACAAGAAGUCAUCUUGUUGGGGAAAGAGAGCAAGAAUUACACCCGUCUUUGCCAAAACAGGAAUUGAAAUCAAGGAUGUGCCUGGUUGCAACUCAUAAUGCAUUGUAGAAAAAGACUUGUACGUUUUUAAACAGAGAAAUUGAGAGAUUUAUUUUCAUGGACAUGUCUUUAAAUUGUUGCUGUCAUGCCAUCAGAAAUGAAAGAUAGGAUACUCGCGCACAGAUGACUGUGAAAGGGGAAUGCUGGGAAAUUUGAAUGACCUUUUUAACAUUGGAGGACUUUUACGACUUGCCACAUAAAGGUAAAAUGAGAGACUGAUUUAUAUGAAUUUUGUUCUUCCACCUGUUUUGGCAUACAGAGCAGCACAUCCCAUCUGCAGUGUGUAGCCAUUUCAUGAACAAUAAAAGCUAAAUGGAGGUGAGGAGCAAA